AUGUCGGACGGCGAAGCGGAUACCAUCGUCAGGCUCCGUGGAAUGCCCUGGAGUUCGACAAAUGACGAUGUUCUGAACUUCCUUGGUUCCGACGUUCAUGUUCUGAAUGGCAAGGACGGCAUUCAUUUCACCUACACUCGCGAUGGUCGCGCGUCUGGCGAAGCUUACGUCGAGCUGGAAUCGGAACCAGACGUGGAGAACGCUCUGAAGAAGGACAAUGAGAACAUGGGCAACAGAUACAUCGAGGUCUUCCGUGCGAAGAGAGCCGAGAUGGAAUGGUGCAUGAAGAAAAGUUCAUCGAAUACCCUGGACGAAGGCAUCGUGAGACUGCGAGGCAUUCCCUUCGGUUGCUCGAAGGAAGAAAUCGCGAACUUCUUCUCCGGGUUGGAAAUAGUUCCGAAUGGGAUUGUGAUUCCUGUGGAUUUCAAUGGGAGGACAGCGGGCGACGCCUACGUACAAUUUGCGUCGAAAGAAGCAGCCGAAAAAGCGCUCGAAAAACACAAAGAGCGUAUCGGCCACAGAUAUAUCGAAAUCUUCAAAUCGAGUCUCAGUGAAAUGGAGAGCUCACUGCACGCUCAGUUGCGUUCGUUCGGAGGCGGAUUCGGAGGUAGCGGAGGAGGCGGCCGGAACUUUGGAGGGGCUGCUCCACAGAGAGGGGGGCGUCCUGGUCCAUACGACCGUAUGAUGGGACGGGGUCCCCCACCUCGGCGAGACGAAGGCUACAGCACCGGAUAUGACGACUACGGGUACGGGGGUCGCCGCGCAGGCAAGUCGAGUGGUGCCUCCUACUCCGGACAGGGUCACUUCGUGCACAUGAGGGGUAUCCCAUACAAAGCCACAGACUCGGAUGUGUACGACUUCUUCGCGCCCCUGCGACCAGUCAGCGUACAAUUCAUUUACGAAGCCGGUGGACGUCCUUCGGGCGAAUGUGACGUUGAGUUCUCUUCGCACCGAGACGCUCAGGACGCGAUGGCCAAAAACAACGCUCAUAUGGGAACGAGAUACGUGGAGUUGUUCCUCAAAAGCAACCCCGGUAGCAUGAGCAAGGGACACGGCAACGGCCAAGGACACAAUUACUUCUCGAACGAAUACGAUGAGUAUGAAUACGGAGGAGGAGGAGGUGGCGGCGGCGGCAACAGCGGUGGCGGGGGCAGCAUCGCCUUCCGGAGUUCCCGCAACGGAGGUUUCGGACCUUCGGGCGGCCAUUUCGUCCACAUGCGUGGCCUGCCCUACAAGGCCUGUGAGGAUGACGUGUUUCAGUUUUUCGAUCCGAUCCGACCGGCCAGCGUCAGGUUCACCUUCGACGCCACGGGUCGGCCCUCCGGUGAAUGCGACGUUGAAUUCGCUUCCCACAGAGAUGCAGCUGAGGCCAUGGAACGGAAUAAUGCCCAUAUGGGCAACCGUUACGUAGAGCUCUUCAUGAAAAGCUCGGCCCAGAACAAGGCUUUCGGGAACGGAGCUGCUUGCCAUGAUUUCUUUUCAGUUCCGUCGUACUCCACAAACGACUAUUGAGCAUCAGCAGUCUGAUCUACUGCGCCGUGCACUGCGCCACUACAUACGGCAACGGAGGCGGUUGUAUAGCUACCGAUAGCCA